AUUUCUAGGUGAAGCGAAUAAAAGUGUCUUUACAAGAUGUUGUUAACAAAUGGAUUAUUUUUAUGAGCGUUUGCCCUUUAAUCAUAUGCUAACGUCUAUUCUCAAUUGAAAUGUAGUCAUUGGGGGCUUAUUCCAAUUGAUACAUGAUUGCUCACCAAUUACGACCAGCCAUGGGCCACAUAUGAACAAUGAUCUCAGAUACCAUAUAAAUUCUCCAUUCAGAAAACAUUGCCAGUCUAGGGUUAGACUUUAAAUUGAACUCAGGUCUACAGACUAGGAUAUAAUGAGAAAUUAGUCCAGCAACAUAACACUGAUUGCUCCGACACUGACCCGUUCACAUAUCACUCGGCUUAAAUUUAAUUUUCAUUAUCAUUGUUAUUACCAUUAUUAUCUAUAUCCUACAGACAGGCUACCUGAUAAACUGAUGAAAUCAAACGCAAUGAAUUUUAAUUAUAGGUACAUCUAUAAUUUAAUAUAUUCAUAUACAUGAUAUAUCAGCACUUAUAUAUUUUUAAUUAAUAUUAUAAAUUUAGUUGGUACUCAGUCAAUAUUACUUUCAAGUUACAAACAUGGAAAGAUAAGGGCAGACACUUUUAUAACAAAAUAACUCCAACUGAUUUUUAUUUAUUUUGAUAUUUAUCACAAGACAAACACUAACUAUUUAAAACAUUUUUUUUAUCAACUAAAUUUCAAAGUAUAUUAUUGAACAAUAUUCGCUGUGAUAAAACAUCUACAAAUUAAAAGAAAACUCAAUAUUGAAAAACUUAAAAAAUAACAAUAUAUUUAUAAAUAUAUUUCAAUAUAAAUUAUAUACCAUACACAUAUCUUUAAAUAUACACAUAUACCCAUAUACAAAGACAAUUAUCCAUAUUUAUACAUAUAUUUAUAUAUUAAAAUAUUUCUGUUUUGAAAACACAUUUAACAAAAUAUCUCUAGCCAAAAUGUCUCGAUCAUUCCUUGUUGAUUCCUUAAUUUUGAAGAAACCGAAAGUAAAUGAAAAUGGUGGUAAUAGUCCAGCAGGAAAUACACACCCCAGUCACCAGAGCCCCUCUAUUCACGGUCGUGGGUCGCCAUCAUCUAUUUGUCCAUCGAGGUUGUCCUCGACAACUCAGCCACUAACGUGUUACCCGCGACAUCCAUCUGAUGUAUUGGGAUUCUGCUGUCCUCUCUGCAUUCACACACCUCAUCAUUCUGUCGGUCAAGUGCUUGCAGGUCAUACAACGGGUCUGGCAAGUGUCAAACCCUUGGGGGACAUAGUAACUACAAGUUCGUCCUUGGUCGGAACUAUACCAACCACCCUCCCAUCACAUCACAGACAGAUAGACAUGCUAUCGAACCAGUUACCCCAUUUCCAACAAACCUCCAGUUUGCCAACUUACAGACCUACAGAACCAAGGCCAAUCGGUUACAUGAAUUUAGUUUUCGGUGAAAUCCCUGCCAAGUCUAAGUAUCUAGCGCCAGAAAUCAGUGACAGUGAAGCCAGUCAAAGUAGCAAGUCUUCAGUGGAUGAUCUGCAGAGUAGUAAGCGGAUACGAACAGCAUUUACUAGUAGGCAAUUACUCGAACUUGAACGGGAAUUCGCCGCUAAUAUGUAUUUAUCUAGACUACGGCGUAUUGAAAUUGCUACAUACUUAAAUCUUUCUGAGAAACAAGUGAAGAUCUGGUUUCAGAACAGACGUGUCAAAUACAAAAAAGAAGGCACUGACGAAUCACGAGAGAAAUGUCGAUGUCUGCGAACAUGUACACCUCGAAACAGCUCCGAAAGGAAGAAGGCAAACGGUGAUUUGAUCGGUGAAAAUAAUGGCGAUAUAGUUUGUAAUAAAAUUGCCAGAAUAGACAAUGGUUCCUCUGACGAAGGGGACUCUUAUCACAUCGAGAUAUCCGAUGACAUACACCACUGUGAAUCACCUUCAAGAAACUCUCCAAAUACUUAACUGUGUGUCGAACAAGAUUCUAGAAUGUGCGUAAAAGUCUGAAUGUGUAUGUGUGUGAAAGACAAAGAAAAAGCGGAAGAAGACAGCGAACGAGCGAAAGAAAGAUGAAGAG